AUCGGAUGAAUAUGUAAUAAAUAAUAGCCAUUAAGCUUUUGUUGAUUGUAGUGUAGAUUUUGCAUUGUUCAUGGGGACUGGUCAUGUCAAACGUAAAAGAAAAUACAACAAAAAAACAGAAUGAGGACCGUGAGAAUUGGUCUGGGCGCCUUGAUUUUAUCAUGUCCUGUAUUGGAUAUUCAGUUGGAAUAGGCAACAUAUGGAGGUUUCCAUAUCUAUGUUAUAAAAAUGGUGGAGGCGCCUUCUUAAUUCCCUACCUGUUAUUUAUGGUCGUAGGAGCAGUUCCUAUUUUUUUCCUUGAGUAUGCGGUUGCCCAAUUCUCUAGCAGCAGUACCCUUACAGUUUGGAAAAUAUGUCCACUGAUGAAAGGUGUUGGUUACGGAGCAUUACUUGUUUCAGCAAUAUUCUGUGUAUACUUCAACAUAUUUAUGACAUGGACGCUAUAUUUCCUCUAUCAGUCAAUGACAUCAGUGUUGCCAUGGAGUCACUGCAACAAUGAAUGGAAUACAGAAAAUUGCCUAGAUAGUUCCAGAUACAAUGCAUCAAUUUCAAAUGUAUCAAAAGAAGGCAAUUGGUCUAUGAGCAAAAAUUUAACCAAAAUGACUGCAAGUGAGGAAUAUUGGAAAUUUAACGUGCUUCAGAUAACUUCAGGGAUUGAAGAUGUAGGCAGCAUAAGAUUAGAGCUUUUAGCAUGUCUAUUUAUAGCAUGGGUUCUGGUAUUCCUUUGUCUAUUUAAUGGUAUAAAGUCAUCUGGAAAGAUUGUAUAUGUCACCGUUACAUUCCCAUACAUUGUGCUGGUUAUAUUUCUAGUCAGAGCAGUCACCUUACCUGGUGCUAUAGAAGGCAUUAAAUUCUUUAUAAUUCCAAAGUGGCACAAUUUGCUUUCAACAAAGGUCUGGGGUGAGGCUGCUGUGCAGAUUUUCUUUUCGUCUGGUGCUGGAUGGGGAGCAAUUUUAACUUUAGCUAGUUUUAACAAAUUUCAUCAUAAUAUGUAUAGGGAUGCCAUGAUUGUACCAGCAAUCAACAGUGGAACAAGUAUUUUUGCUGGCUUCGUCACAUUUUCUAUCCUGGGAUUUAUGGCGCACGAGAAAGGAAUGGCAGUUGAAGAUGUCCUGACACAAGGUCCAGGUUUAGUGUUCAUGGCUUAUCCAGAAGCUAUAUCACGACUUCCUGUUUCACCAUUGUGGUCGAUUCUCUUUUUCCUGAUGAUGCUAACAAUUGCUAUUGAUACACAGUUUGGGACUUUUGAAACCAUAACGAGUGCACUGACAGACGAAUUUCCACAACUGUUAAGGAAAAGGAAAAUGCUGGUAACAGCUGGAGUCUGCUUUUUAGGAUUGGUGUUAGACAUACCACUUAUAAUGCAAGGAGGCAUAUAUAUUUUACAAAUAGUGGAUUGGUACUGUGGACUGUUUACACCAAUGCUUGUUGCUGUGAUAGAAUGUAUCGUCAUAGGGUGGAUUUAUGGUACAGAUCAAUUUUAUAAAGACAUAGAAAUGAUGAUAGGAUACAAACCAUGCAGAUGGUGGUCAAUCUUUUGGAAAUUCAUAACACCAAUCGUUAUAAUGGUAAUGUUAGUUUUCAACAUGACACAACUGCAACCAGUAUCAUAUAACACAUACCAAUAUCCAUCAUAUGCUAUUGUGAUCGGCUGGGUUGUUGGGAUGGUGUCAGUAGUACCUAUUCCAUUAUAUAUGAUAAAGGCAGUAGCGUGUGCUGAGGGUACCAUUCAGCAGCGAAUAAGAUGUCUUCUGCGACCCGUUUCCGAAUGGGAAACAUUCUUAAAAAAAGAGAAGAAUCGAAUGGAAACCUGUACAUUGACAUAUUUUAAAUCGACUGAGAUAGACAAAUGUGAAUCGAAUUCCACAAAAACCACUGGUGAAAUACAAAAUAUGCUCUAACUUUAUAAAUGUUUACAACAUAAUGUUUGAGGGAAAUUAAAAAGUAUUUAAAUAAAGAUUUUUAAAAAUAUUA